AGGAGGUCUUCCAAGCAUGUCAGGCAAGUCUUCUACUUCAGUCUCAUCGCGCGUGCUGUCUAGACCACCGAGCAAGCGAAACUACAACAGUGGUGCUAACUACAAGAGUCGAGGAUCAUCUUCAUUCUCGUAUUGUUCGAGUAUUCUGAAUUGCAAAAGUAAGAACUUCCUAGCAAAAAUGGAAUACUUGGAUACGAAGUGGCAAACCUUAGUCGUGGAUCCCUACGACGCCUUGGCUGAUAGAGUCAGCAGAUCGUGUUACUACAUUCGCGAAGUCUACCAAUACCAUGCCAGCGGAAAGUUCCUGUACGGUGGGGCAGACGAUGCGUUGACCGGGAUCAGCUACAGCUUUUUAUGACUACGUAUAAUAGAGUAGCUUAUAGAACGGAUGUAGGAUGGACUUGGAUGGAUCGGAUGGACCCCCCUGAUUCUUCCGAUCCUACUUGAAAUGGUGGAAAGUCCAUCCGAUCCACUAUAAAUUACUCUAAAAAUAUAUAGCUAUUGGUCGAACAGGCACAACUACUGACAACUGGUCGUCCGGUUCAAGUUGCAUUUGUUGAUCUUAGCAUUUGUUGAUCUUGGCAUGUGUUGAUCUUAAAAUGUGCUUCUCCCACAUAAAUGACGUGAUCAUCACGUCUUUUAGCAUCAAAAUGAAAAUAGGUCUAUUCUAAUCCGCCGCACCCUGAUCAUCCGGCCCAUCAACCUAUGGUCGCUCGUCUUCCUCUCGUUCCAAGGUGUUUUCUUUACCUUCUCCGUUUAUUACUGUUCAGCAUGGAUCUUCUCUGCGUCCGACGAGGAAACGUCCAUCGCUAUGUGGGUCCGGAUCGUGUACUUCUUUCUGGUCAUCCUACCUGCGGCUCUGUACAUCUCAGCUGUGUGCAAUGCGGUCUUUUUGUCGUUAUGUUGGCCACUAGAAAUUUUUGCGGAGGAGGACUUCUGUGUCUGUGACUUCAAGAACUUCUGUGAUUUCAAAUUAUCUAUAUUUUGUGUAGUACCACAAGAAUACCAACAGAUCACAUACCACCUGGGUUUACAACUUUCAAUAUAUAUUUCGUGUAAUUGAAGAUUCUCCGCCUCUCCACAACUACUAAAGAACAACUUACUAGAAGAUGGACCAACAAGAUAUGGAUAUGCCAUACUAGCAUGGGCAACUCGCAUAGAAGAAGUGUCACUCUUAUUUAUUUUUGUGGAGGAGGUGGACUUCAUCUGUGAUAUCAUUACAAGUCGCCGGCCAUGUCGUUAGGCCGUUGAAACAAGCACGCCCGGCACGUUUGUGGGCGGGCAAACCCGUACGCGGGUGGAACUGAGUGGGGCUGUGGGUAGAAGAGCCCACCCGUGGGUGUGGUGUGGUGGGUGGGUGUGGUGGUGGGUGGGUGUGGUGGUGCUGUGUGGGUGUGGUGGGUGGGUGUGGUGCUGUGUGGGUGUGGUGGUGCUGUGUGGGUGUGGUGGUGCUGUGUGGGUGUGGUGGUGUGUGGCUGUGGUGUGGGUGUGGUGGUGUGUGUGGGUGGAGGAGGAGGAGGUGGGUUUUUGUGGAGGAGGUGGACUUCAUCUGUGAUAUCAUUAUACUAGCAUGGGCAACAGAACAAGUGUCACUCUUCCACCACGUCUCUAACGUCCCUGAUCUUCUCUUGGCUGCUACGAGAGCGACUGCUAGAGCAACUGGGCCAGCUGCGGCUUCUUGGCCAGCUGGUUUCAAAGACAGAUUUUCAGGUUGGUGCGAUGGCCGCUAGUGGAUAUGGCUCAAGUUGUAAUCCCUCCAGUGGAGGUCCUUCGCUUCAGAAUAUAAUUCGGGACGAUGAUAGUUGUAUGAUGAAUGGAUCUAGAUUCGCGCCGAUGUUACCAGUAGUACCAGUACACCAGCAGGGGAAUUUCCAUCAACAUCAGCCUUCUACUUCUCAACUCCCAAGAAGUACAACAAGCCCACAGAUUGCGGACAGCGCUGGCGCUGCAGAAUCUCCAAGUAUUAUGGUCCCCAUGACCGUGACUGAGCAAGCGCCUCCUGUCGGAGUGAUCGCGUCUAGAAGUCAACGACGACACUCCUUUCUAGAAUCCGUGCUGAAUAUGACAGCUGAGACGAACAAUUUUACCACUAGUUGUCGCACUCCUGACUCACAAGCACUAGUGCCACAAGCACACUCUCCACAAGCACUACCUCCACAAGCACAAGCACCUCGUACAACAACUACCGGUCGUCGUUGCUCAGUAACAAACGGAUUGCAGGGGAUACUGGUGAACAAGAACGAUGAGGGCAUGUUGGCUUGUACUGGUGAACAACAAAGUUCAGCUUCUCUAAUGAUGCAGCACUCGGAGAUGAACCAGCAACAAAAACCAUUUCAUGCACCAGGUACUUCACCGGGAGCACAAACGGCGUCCCAAAUACGUAGAGACAGUAACGCUGAGGAGCAUCGCGCCAAUGCCUUAGCAGAAAGAGCACUGCUGAUCAUGCAACAGCGGAGACAGACGUCCGCAUUUGGCAGUGGUCGUAGAGGCAGCGUUAGUUGUGCAGCUGCUGUAGGUUUUAAUAUGGGUGCUGGUGGAGGGGGAGGCCAUCCUUCUAGCCACCUACAACCUCGUCGUGCAAGUGUGAUAGAUAACGCAG